AUUUUGGCGUCCGAACUCUCUUUGCCCGAAAUCACGACAAUUUUGUAUUGAUAACUUAUUGUGUCAUGAAAAUUGCAAAUCAAAAACACGUUUUUCAACUUCUGUCAACAAUUGAGAUUGAUUAAAUUGAAAAAUGCCAAAAAGACCUAAUAAGAAGAAAGGCCAAAAGAAGACGUCUGUUGAGACUGUCCCUGAGUACGCCUCUGAUGAUGAACGUCUCUAUGGUAACAUGGAUGAGCCGGACCCAGAGGCUCGGGAAUACAUGUACGAUGAUGUUGAUGAGUUCCAUGCCAGUAGAGAAAAGGUGCUGCUGGAUAAAGGCUAUAAGGAUGACGACACCUACCAUGCAGCAGUCUCUGAUGAGGAGGAGGUACUUGACCUGGAGUCAGAGGCGAGUGACGAUGAUGAGAUACGGGACUUGAAGGCUCAGCUGCGGCGAGUCAAGAGUCUGCAGCGGAAGGACGAGCUGGGCAGCGAUGUAGAGGAGGAGACAGACGAGGAGGAAGGUUUGCCUGACAGGAAGUCCUGGGGUGCCAAGCGCAGCAAGUACUAUGGAGACAACGACAUCGGUGCUCCUGGUGUUGCUGCUGAUGCUGAUGAUGAGGAGGAAGCAGAGUUGGAGGAGAAGGAAGCCCUGCGACUGCAGCGACAGAUGGCCGAGCAGCUGGAUGACCAGGACUUCGGUCUGGACAUUUUUCAAGCUCCUGUAGAACCCAGAUCAGCCGGUGGCAAGGAGGAGAGGAUUGUGAAAGAUCUUUCAAAGCUCUCAAAGAAAGAGAAACUCAAGUUAUUAAAAAAGGAGUCCCCAGAGUUGAUGACCCUCAUAGACGACUUAAAGCUCAAGAUGAAGGAGCUCCAGGACAGGUUGUGUCCCCUGAAGGAUCUGGUUGCUAGGCAACAGUUCACUGGCAAGGCAGCUGAUUACGUGCACACCAAGUUCAAACUGGUUCUCAAUUAUUGUAUGAACAUUGUGUUCUACCUGAUGCUGAAGUCCAAGCAGACAGCUGUACACAACCAUCCCGUGGUCAAACGUCUUCUGCAGUACAGAAAUAUUCUGAAGCAGUUGGAACCUCUGGACGAGCAGAUGAAUGCUGAAGUGGACGACAUCGUGGCCCGUCUGCGUGCUGGCAAGGAGGUUACACUCAACUCUGCACAGUCACAAACCACAGGGGGUUCCUUUGUCAGGAGAAAGACUGGCAAGGUUACGAAGGCAACAGACAAGAAGCGCACCAAACUCAGUGAGCUGGUCUCAGACUCCGGAAGUGCGGACUCGGGUAGCGAGGAUUCUGAUGAAAUGUAUGAGGACUUAACUGGCAAAGCAGGCAAAAACAAGGAGAAGGGAGACCAGUAUGAAACAAAGGAUGAGAGAGCAGCCCUGGAGUAUUACCAGAUGAUGAAGGCAGGCCGGCCAGGGGAGGACACUCCGGAUGAAGAGUUGGAACACAAUGUUGAAGAGCAGACAGGACAGGUUGAUAUGGAGAUGGAGGAAGGAGACGGCAAGAGGGCUAUUAACUUCCAGAUUGAGAAGAAUAGGGGUCUUACAGCCCAUAAGAAGAAAGAGUUGCGCAAUCCAAGGGUGAAACACCGUAUGAAGUAUCGCCGGGCUCAGAUCCGACGUAAAGGACAGUUCAGAGCACCAAGAACUGAGAUGCAGAAGUACGGGGGAGAAGCAUCUGGUAUCCGAGCAGCAGUCAAACGAGGAAUAAAACUGAAAUAGUAACAUGAUUGGAAAUGUGGAAAACAGAAAAGUUAUUCAUUGAAAAACAAUUGAUAUUGUGUUCAUAAGGAGCCAAACUAAAAUAAUGAACAGUUUACAGUUUGUUUAUCAAACAAAGUGUUGGUUAUGUACUGAGGUAUAAUUAGCGCACAUUUAUGUUUGAAAUAAAAAUGUCUUACAAA